CUUUUUCUCACUAUUAUAAAUACCCUCUUCAUGCAAGUAAGUAAGUAGAAUACCAAAGAAAUAAAAUACUUACAAACGUACCUUUUUGUUGAAUUCCCAAAAUGGUUCAUCAAAAGCGAAUCAUUGAUGAAGUUUCCGGUUGGCUUACAGUCUUUGAAGACGGUUCAGUAGACCGGACAUGGACCGGUCCACCUGAAGUCAAGUUCAUGGCCGAUCCAGUUCCACAGCAUCACCACUUCAUUGACGGCGUUGCCGUCAAAGAUGUAGUCGCCGCCGAAGAUGAAAACUCUGGUGUUCGUUGCCGUAUCUACUUACCUGAACGUAAAGAGAGUUCCGUCGAUAAACUUCCGGUCAUUCUUCACUUCCACGGCGGAGGUUUUUGCAUCAGCCAAGCUGAUUGGUUCAUGUACUAUGCUGUCUACACUCGCCUAGCGCGUGUGGCAAACGCCGUUAUUGUCUCCGUCUUCCUCCCCCUUGCUCCUGAGCACCGUCUCCCUGCUGCUUGUGAUGCCGGCUUCGCCGCCCUCCUUUGGCUUCGGGACCUUUCCAGGGAACAAGGUGACGAGCCCUGGCUUAACGAUUACGCAGAUUUCAACCGCGUAUUCCUCAUCGGAGACAGCUCCGGCGGCAACAUCGUCCACCAAGUCGCUGCCAGAGCUGGCGAAGAAAACUUAUCUCCGAUGAGACUCGCCGGCGCAAUUCCGAUCCAUCCAGGCUUUACACGGUCCCAGCGAAGCAAAUCGGAGCUAGAACAGGAACAAACCCCUUUUCUAACCUUAGAUAUGGUGGAUAAAUUUCUAGCACUAGCUUUACCGAUUGGAAGCAAUAAGGAUCACCCAAUAACUUGUCCGAUGGGUGAAGCGGCGGCGGCGGUUAAUGAGCUUAAAUUGCCGCCGUAUUUGUACUGUGUGGCGGAGAAGGAUCUGAUAAAAGACCCCGAAAUGGAGUUUUAUGAAGCAUUGAAAAAUGGGAAAAAGGAUGUUGAACUGUUUAUCAACAAUGGCGUGGGUCACAGUUUUUACCUGAACAAAAUUGCUGUUGAUAUGGACCCUGUUACUGCUUCUGCAACUGAAAAGCUUUUUGAAGCCAUUGCAGAGUUCAUCAGCAACCAUUAAUUAAAGGAGAAAUAUACUUACAUUCUGUUUGGAUGUUGUUAAACUAUCGAUUUAUAAUGUAUGAUAUUGUAUUGUAUCAUAUUGUAUUGUUUUAA